GUUUAAAGGAAUACAUUCAAAGAUACUUUGAUAUUAAUCACUUAAAUUAGCCUAAUAAUAUCUAAUAUACAAACAAGGUACUGAAAAGUACAAAAACCUAGGCCUACACAAGGGUAAGGUAGGACUGUCAUAAAACAAGAUAGCUUAGACGGUAACCAAAGGAUUUUCCAUCAUUAUUGUUCGAUUAGAAUUACACAGUUGGCACUGAAUACGAGACUAUCGGAGUGUGAAGUGUAACCCCAAGAGGCACAGCCAUGAAAAUCCCACCUCCCUCCUCAAAAAGAAACCCUGAAGAAAGACAGGUUCGAAUUCAGAAAGCUUAUACUGUCUCCACGAUAACCAUAAACGCGAUUGAUGAAGAAGCAUCGGAAAAGAAGAGGAAAAUGGAGAGGACAGAUUUUCCUCAACAGGUUGAGGUUGUUGACCUUGAGACCGAUUUGUUUUCUUUUACAGCCAUUACAGACAAAGGCAACACUAAGAAAAACGCUAUUUCAGUGGAACAGUACAGUGAACAAAGAGACAUCCAACUUGCCAUCAAGGCUUCGAUGACAACCUCGGACGAUAACUACAUAGAUCUCGACAUUUACGAUGAUGAUUUGUUCGUUCUUAACUUCGAGCCCCUAAAGACUCCUUCCAGAAAGAAGCGUGGAAAGAGAAAGAAACCCUUCAGCGAUUGUUCCAUAACUGAGCCUGGAGAGUCAUCAAACUCCAAAGCCGUCGAAGACCCACCUUUUAUCUGUGAAAUCUGCAUUGAACCAAGGCAAGCAAACGAGUCGUUUAACAUCAAAGGUUGCUCCCACGCUUACUGUAAGGAUUGCAUGAUCAAAUAUGUAGCUUCUAAAGUACAAAACAAGAUUACAGCUAUAACUUGCCCCGUGGCAAACUGUGAGGGUUUAUUAGAACCUGAGUACUGUCGCAAUAUACUUCCAAGAGAAGUUUUUGAUAGGUGGGGAGAUGCUUUAUGCGAGGCAACGAUUUUAGGGUCUGAAAGGUUUUAUUGUCCUUUUAAAGAGUGUUCCACGCUUUUGAUUGAUGAUGGAGGACAGGCUGUAAGGGAAUCGCAAUGUCCUAAUUGUAGGAGACUGUUUUGCGCACAGUGUAAAGUACCUUGGCAUGCUGGGGUUGAAUGUGGGGAAUUUCAGAGGUUGCAUACAGAUGAAAGACAGAGGGAAGAUAUUUUGUUGAUGAAGCUGGCUAAGGACAAGAAGUGGGCUAGGUGCCCAACAUGUAGAUUCGUUGUUGAGAGAACUGAGGGUUGUAGGUAUAUGAGAUGCAGGUGUGGAAGUGCUUUCUGCUAUGACUGUGGAUCAACCCAAAUGGAUAGUCACCAUUAUUGCCAUAAAUGUAAACGUUAAAAUUUCUCAGAUGCAUUUAUCUGCUUCCUUCUGUAUAGUAAUUGUCUUGGCUAUUAAUUUUGCAAGACUGACAUAUACAACAAUGAUUUUCAUUUCUUAAUUAUUAGGAAAGAUGUUUCUUUUUCUUU